ACUUUUCUAAGAUUUCUCUGCAUUUUAAAUCUGUACAGUUUUACUCUUUGUUAAGCGCUAAAGGGACCUUAUUUCUGUAGGUGUAUCGACUUUACUGAGCACUGUUAUUGUUUUUCUCGCUAUAUAAAUAAUGGAUUAUAGACGUAAGACAGGUCGAAAUGAUGAACCUUCCCAUGAUUCUCCAACAUAUUCCCGAUUGUUUAUAGUCAGUGAUAAAAAAACUACAGAAGAGGAAAUAAGAGAUGCAUUCUUAAAGUUUGGUACCAUCGAAGACAUACGAAUGCCUCGCGACCACAAUACUGGUAUGUCGAAAGGUGUGGCUUUCAUUAAGUUUUCUAAAACGUCAGAAGCAGCCUUUGCUCUAGAGGAAAUGCACUUGAAAACAUUACCAGGUUACAAUAGACCGGUGAAAGUAAUGGUAGCUGCCAAUAAGUCCGAAAUACAAACUGAUGAUGAUAGUGACAAGUACAGAAGAUUAUUUAUAACUGUCCCUCAUCAAACAACAGAGGAGGAAAUAAAAGAUUAUUUUUCUGCUUAUGGUCGUGUUGAUGAUGUGUAUAUGCAAAAAGACCGUAACACAGGUGAAUGUAAAGGUUUUGCUUAUGUUAAAUUUAGGAGAUUUUCUGAAGCUGCUAUUGCUAUUGAAGAAUGUGAUCAGAUAUACAGAGCUAUUUUUGCUUUGCCCAAGGGUCACAACAGACGCCAAGAGACAUCAUUUGAAUCGAGCAUUAACUCUUUGGCUUCUACAUCUACUAAAAGAAAUGCUCUAUUUUCUGCCAUGAAAACAUCCCCUGAAGGUUAUGUUCGUGUUAAUUUCAUGUGUGGUCCCUUCCUUACACAGAGACAGGUAGAAAGAAUAUUUGACAUUGUCCCAGGCAUGGUGAACUGUCAAUACUUUGUAGAUCUCAUGCUAAACUGUGGUAAAGGCACAGUGACUUAUUCCAAUCCAGUUUCAGCUGCAUAUGCAGUGGAAAAAUUAAAUAGAUUUGAAUAUCCUCCAGGGGUAAAAAUAUUUGUUAAACCUGAUAAUUUCAAUUUUGAUCCACAAGAGCAGAACUUUAGUAAUGUGUCACAUCUAGUGACAAACCUAAAAAAUACUAUUGCAACAUCUGCAAAUUCCUCAUCUCCAGAUUUAGCUCAACUAGCAGAGGCUAUUGCAGAGGCAUCCAAAUUGAUCAAAAUGGCAACCACAGGCAUCACAGAUGAUGAAAUACCUGAUCUUAAUGACUUGAACUACUGUAGUGUGAAAUUACCAACACAACAACCACUCGCUGACAUUGACAGUCCAGUAGCUAAACGAUGUUUUUUGGUUUGCAAGCCCCAACCACCUCCUUUGACAGUUUUACGUGACAUCUUUUGUCGUUUUGGUGACCUCAUUAAUGUUUACACACUACCAGGGAAAACUAUUGGGUAUGCUCGAUAUGCAUCUGUUAAAGCAGCCGAAGAGGCUAUGAAAGUUCUCCAUGGUGCAGAAAUUUGUGGUGUUCGUAUAAAAGUAUUAGAAGCUGAAGAUGAAGCGCCCCCAAAGAAAACGAAAUAUAAAUGACAUGACAGUUAAAGGUUACUAGUGUGUAAUUUUAUGGACUUUGAUUAUGUUGACGCUACAGUGUAGACUAAUAAAUUCAUUAAUUUACAGACUGACAUUGUUUUUAGACUGUAAUUUAUAAAGAAAUAUUUGACAACUUACCCCUGGUCUCAGACAGACAGAUGACAAAUAUGAAUAAAUGUCAAAACCUUUAUAAGUUACAGACUUUUUUCAUAGUAACCCCCUUUUCUUCAAUUUUAUUAGACCACAGAUUUAUUAUACAGAAUAAAUUUGCAAUCAGAGCACAAGUUUUUUUAACUUUAUAGUCUUUGGUAGAAUUAGUAACAUUUUCAUAUUUAUUUUAAUGGUAAUCUACAAAUUAGGUGGUUCAUUUACAAAAUUUGGUUGUCAACCACCAUGUAUACUCUCUAAUGUUUCAAUGUGCAAUGGAUUUUGAUCUCUACCCUCCAUAUAUGUAUAGUCGGACGUUCAGUUGACUGUACUCAUACAGUAGGGACAUAAGAAGCAACAUAAUAUUCUUCAAUGUUAUGUUGCUUCUAUUAUAUUAUAUUAUAUUAUAUUAUAUUAUAUUAUAUUAUAUUAUAUAUGUUGCUUCUAUUAUAUAUUAUAUAUGGACUUCUUUUUUCUUCCUUUGUCUGAAGUUAAUAGGGUAAGAGAAAAAAGAUUGUGACUAGAUUUACAUUGGUAAUAAACACAAGAUUAAAAUUAGUGCACUGAUUACAAAUUUUUCUAUAUACAGACAGAUCAGAUGACGCACUCUUUGGUUAAGUUAAGACUAUUAUUCUUCCAAAUUGUAUAGUCUUAAAAAUAUCAUUAGAAUUGAUGUAAUAGUAAUACAUACGAGGGUGGUUUGAAAAGUUCUCGACCUGACCAAGAAAAUAAAAAUGUGAUUUAUUUUCCUACAUAUUUUCCCCUUGUCUCAAUACGAGUUGUCGAAUGAUAAUAAAUUAGUUUACAUACUACCCUCAAAUCUUGGUCAGGCCGAGAACUUUCCAAACCGCCCUC